CUUCGAUACAGUGUUUUGUGUUUAGACACCGCAUGAACUUCAAAUGGAAAUUAGUAAACUUCUGCCCUAUUGGAUUGUCCUAUUCUUUCGAUUUCCUUUCGUAUUAACAGAUUGCGUAUUAAACGAGGACAAAUUAUUCGAGACAAACGAGAAAUUAGAGUGUAAACCUGUGCAUUGUGAGAAACCACAUCCACCGGAAAAUGGGCUCCUAUUAGGAGAUAAAUACACCUAUCCAAAUUUCGUCAAAUAUGUGUGCAAUGACGGAUUCAAAUUAAAAGGACUCAAUGUGAGAUAUUGCAUGGAAAACGGGAAAUGGAGUGGCUGUACACCUAUAUGCGCUAGAAUUACUUGUAAAAUGCCGAGACAUCCACUUAAUGGGAAAGCAGAAUUGUUGAAUGAGAAAAGAACUGAAGGAAGUGUACUUCUAUAUUAUUGUAAUUCCGGUUUCAAUUUGAUCGGUAUGCCAAUUUCAAUCUGUUUAAAAAAUGGAGAAUGGAGUUCUGCCAGUCCAAUUUGUACUAAGCCUUGUUCUGUUCCAAAUGUCGAAAACGGCAAAAUAGGAAUGUUUGAACAAAACCGUUUCGUUCAGAUAACUCCUAAUUCUACGGUAGAACAUGGCGAGAAACUAAUGUUACGUUGUUAUACAAAGGAUGAAUUCUAUACACGAGACGAGCCUUCCAAUGAUAGACAAGUGAUUUGUAAAUUCGGAAAGUUUAAUCCUUUACCAAUUUGUCCGAAAGAUACAAGUAAAAUUAACUUUUUAAGAAAAUGUACGUAUCGAUCGACGACGUACUUAAGAGCAUUUUUAAAUGGAGAAAAGGAAAUAGAAGAUGGAUUUUAUGAUCACGGUUCACGUUUAAGAUUCGGUUGCCCAUAUUAUUCGUAUUUGAAAGGAUCUGUCGAGGUUAAAUGUGAAAACGGAACAUGGCUGCCAAAUCUGCCAUUUUGUUAUAAACCAAUAGAAGAUGACGAUGUUUUUAUUUCCUUCAAAAACACGAGAUCUUUUAUCCCAUUUCUGGGUAAUGUAAGAAUGAUAAUAGAUGAACCAGAAGUGAUUAGAUGCAACACAGUUAAAAGAAACAUUUCGCCAACAUUAACGGGCGGUGUAAGGAAUCAUAUUCAAGAUUUCUAUUAA